GCCCAAGAAGAAGGAGCGGUAACGGGGAAAAGCUGGAGGAACAAAUUUAUCAAGAAUUUUUUUAAAAUCUAAGAACAAAAUCAAAAAAAAAAAAAAAAUUAACAGUUCCAAUCCUGAAGCAAGAAAGCAGUUGGUAUGGAUGCAGAGGAGGCAAACAAAUUUAUUAACUCCUUAGUGAAAAAUCUGCAAGUUCUCUGUCAUGGGCAUGUGAAUUUUAAUAAUUCUAUACAAGUCAUUGGACAUUUAUACUUGAAUGUGGACAGUCAGACUAACAUUGAUUAUAUUGUGAACGAAAAAGUGUGUAAAAAUGACACCUCUUCAACAGUGUUUGUUAGUAACAGCUAUCAUUCGGAACAACCUCAGAAAAAAACAGCUAAACAACAAGACAAUGGCCUGAAUCAAAAUAACAAAAAUAAAAGUGCAGAGUUAGAAGUCAGUGUGGACCUCACAGACGAUGGAAGAAUGGUUCAAAGACUGGUGCCCAUCAGUUUUGGAUCUUCUGUAGAUCCGCCUGCUGCUAUUCAUCCUGCUUACAGAGAUCAAAGUCAUACGCCCACACCUCAUCAUCACAGUCGCAAAUCACGCAAACCAUUUCAUAAUAUUGAAGCCAGAUCCCCACCAGCCAAAACUCCGCGUCUUUCCAUCACCCCUAUACAUAGAACGCUUUUAAACCGGAGCAAUGACAGUGUUGUGAAACAUGACAAAAGUCUGUUAAAUUCUAGUCAAAUUAGUUUAGGAAGUGACUCAUGUGAUUUUUCCAGCAGUAAUAUUCCAGAUACCUCAAUCAACGAUGAUAGAAAUACAGCGUCACCCUCACAAGGCAAUUCUGAAAUGGAUUCAUCCUUAAGAAAUAUUAAAUCUGAACCUGAAGAAGAACACGAUCCCAACAGCAGUAACCUAUUUGAUCAACAGAUGGGAAGCAACUCUU